AUGGCCUCUCAACCCUUUACCCUCAAGUGGGGUAUUAUGGCCACCGGUGGCAUUGCUCAGACUUUCGCAAAGGACCUGCUUGCUAACCCCGCAAUACGUGAUGUCCACGACGUCGCUCACAAGGUGGUCGCAGUCGCAUCCUCAUCCUCUAAGGAGAGCGCCACAUCUUUUCUCGAAAAGGUCAAGGCCCCAGAAGGCGCCAGAGCGUAUGGCUCUUACGCUGAGUUGGUAAACGACCCAGACGUUGAGAUCGUCUACGUCGCAACUCCCCACAGCCAUCAUUUCCAGAACACUAUGCUAGCUCUGGAAGCCGGCAAGCAUGUUCUGUGUGAAAAGGCUUUCACAGUUACCGCUUCCCAGGCACGAAAGCUGGUUGAGGUUGCCAAGGCUAAGAACUUGUUCCUGAUGGAAGCCGUCUGGACACGGUACUUCCCUCUUAGCAUCAAGAUUCGAGAGCUGGUGCAAUCUGGAGCCAUUGGCCCCGUAUAUCGAGUUAUUGCCGACAACUCAUUUGGCUGUGACGGGCCAAACGGCACCCUAACAUUCCCCGAUGAGCACCGGAUGGUGAACCCGGACCUAGCAGGCGGCGCACUCCUAGACCUAGGAAUCUACUCUCUAACAUGGCUCUUCCAAAUCCUCUACCACCUGCAGCCCGAGCCGGAAAAGGAAGCUCCCCACACCGUCGCCGCUAUCAACAAGUACUCCACCGGCGCCGACGAAUCGACCAACAUCAUCCUGCAGUUCCCCAAGCACAAGAGCAUGGGAAUCGCCAUGACGACGCUGCGCAUCGCCACCAACACGGACGGCCAGAACAGUGGCGGCCCCGCCAUCAAGAUCCAGGGUGCCCUCGGCGAGAUCCACGUCAUGGGCCCCGCCUACUCGCCCCUGCAGUACAAGAUCGUGCGCAAGGACGGCGCCGGCAAGAUCGACGUCGUCGAUUGUCCGAUCCCCAAGGAUCCCGAGCGCGAAGGCUGGGGCCACGGCAUGUUCUGGGAGGCGGACGAGUGCGCGCGAUGCCUGCGCGACGGCAAGAAGGAGAGCGCUACUAUGCCGUGGUCCGAGAGCAUCGUCAUCAUGGAGGUUAUGGACACGGCGCUUAAGCAGGGCGAUGUCAAGUAUCCUGAUGUGAUUACGACCGAUGUGUACGAUCCGAAGAGCCCGCUGAAUACUGGGGCUAAGUAUUAG